UUCAGAAAACUUUCAAAACAAAACAAAAAAAAAAAAAAUAGUAAAUAUAAUCUCUGAAUGUUUGUGGUGCCCCUUCUCUGUCAUUUGCAAACAAAACAAAAAAAAAAAAAACACAAUAAAACGUUUCUUUCGAGGAAACCAUUGUCACCAAGGUUAAUGAAGACAAUACUGAGUGUGUUGACUCCUACGGGAGGGAGCCAGUGAUGACUAGUCACCAUCAGCCUGAAAUUGUGAAGGCGGCACAAAUACUUUGAUAUCAACUUACAGGUGACCUCGGCUGCAGCACACAAGUCAAGAAACAGCUUCCAGGACGAAGUUCUCGGGCUGAACUGAUGAGGGUUUGUCCCAAUCUUCUUAGGAUAGGAUUGGCUGCUUGUAAGGAGAUUCCCUCCCUCUCUCUCUCCCCCUCCAUGGCCCUGGCGCCCACUGCUCACCUGAAGACUGACUGCAGUGGCGGCACAUAAAAGGAGCAGGUGAGCAGUUUCACCUGUGACAUCACGAUGCUCACUCGGUGGCUGCUGCUGUUGUUGGUCUUGGUGCUGAAGGGUAAGAGUUUCUGGGUGUAGAUGUCGUCUGCUGAAAUGUGCAGAAUGUUAUAGGUCAUAGGUCACUUAAAAACACUCGACUAAUUGUAAUAGUUUAUCCUGUCAGCGCGCGCUGUUUAUCCUGCAAUUCAUUAUUUCAAUAGUUCUCGUCAUGCUGUUUAUCUUCUCUAAACAUUUGUUGCUGUCUGUUGUGUGGCAUGUUUACAAUCUCUUUAUUUUAAUUAGCUUUAUCCGCGUGGUUAGUGCAUUCAGUAAAUGUGAUGUGCCAGAGGCAAGGAUGGACAAUAACAAUCUUGUAAUAACAACUUAGACAUGAACGCUACACUGAACACUCAUCACGAUGUUCUCAAACACAGGGGACGCUACCAGGUUCAGGUUGGACAUUCUUUCAUCCUUCAUUCCUUUUUAUCCUUACCUGGCACCAUGUCACUUCGGUAUCCUAGGUGUACAAGCGAGUUUAGUCUUUUUUCAGUGGUGUAGACAACUACGUAGACAAACAUGAAGAUAAUCGCAUAGACAGCCAUGUAGACAACCACGUAGACAAACAUGAACUCUUCCGUUGGUUUCACAGAGGCUGGACAGGUGGCUGGGGAGGCGGGUGUCACGAAGGACACCAUCACCCCCAGUACGUGUGGCCGCUGGGCAAUACCAGCAUGCACCACGAGGUCAUGAGAGGGCAUGACGCCCACCUGCCCGAUGCCAACCAAUGCUUCGCCCUGCAGCAAGGCUAUCCCGGCAUUCCCUACGAUGCCAUGGUGCUCACCGGCUCGCCCACCUCCUACGUGGACUUCCAUUUCUCCGGAGAAGUGAACUUCCGGGACCUGUCUCUGUCGUUCUACGUGUUUCCCAUUGGGGGCAAGCCGCAGGGCACGGUCCUAAACUACAGGUGCCCCUCCGGCAACGUCAUCAAGAUGGCGGUCAUGGAGAGCCUCUUUCUCGUCUCUUUUUGGGACGAGUACGGAGUGUCUGUUGGCGUGACGGCCAUCUCGGACAUGCUGACCUCUGACUCCUGGAAUCACGUGGUGGUCGUCAGAAGGUUCAGCACUGGUAACAUCCAGAUUUAUCACAACGGACAGCUUCUGGAAGACUUAGACGAUGACUUCCCCAACGGCAUUCGACUUCCGGUGUCGGGGGUCAUGCGCCUGGGACGCGGGCAGGACGAGGACGAGGAGGGGCUGCACGGCCGCUACACGUGCCUCCAGGUCUUCGCCGCCGCCCUGUCACGUGACGACGUGGCCAACGUUGGCGACGUUUUGUCAGCCGACGUCGUGGAUUGUGCAGCCAACCGUCCAUCUGGAGCAGCGCACAGUCGGCGGGGAGGAGAAGUACUGCGUCACCGACUACAUCCCGAGGGUCGUGGCGGAGCCCGUGGAGACAGAGGUCAAGGCCGCGGUGUGUGACAUUGUCGGUCUGCACUGUCUGACCCGCAGCCUGGCCUUUCAAGAGGUCAUGCGGCAGCACAACUGGGAGGACAGCGGCAAGGACACGUCCUACUACUACCUGGUGGCCCGAGGCCGGAUGCCCGCACCCUCCGACAGCAAGCAACACCUGUUGGGUCAGGUGGCCGCCACGGACCGCCGCGUCUGCUCCCGCUUGUGCAUGAGGGUCAAAGGUUGCCAGUCCUUUGUCUACAAUGCCAAGCACGCGCUGGGUGUGGAGUGUCUGCUCUUCAAGUCCGUGCUGGAGGCCAAGCAGUCGAGUCCCGACACCCGCUACUACGCCCUGCGCCCAGAAAACAUGGGGGGACGCUGAUGAGGGGGUGAGGGAGGAGUGAGAAGGAUUCGAAUGAAAACAAAACUGGAAGAUGGUGUGACCAGAAGCCAUAUUUUGUGGCCGAGCUGCCUGACAUUUGUUUGUGUAGAGUGGUCAGUGGUCAGUGGUCAGUGGUCACGACAGUCUACCCGUCCAGAGGCAACACAUUACGAAACUUUCGUUGUCAUCGUGCAGCAGGUCAAUAGGUCAAGACAUAUUUGAUAUGAUAAUAAAAAUAUUACCGGCAGUCGCAAGAUUUAGUGUUGCAGUAAGUAUCCGGACAUUACUUCAUCAAGUAUCAUGGCUUCCUGUAUGUACACGUCCAUUGAAAGCCUCUUCCCUCUUUCUCGCUGUUCUCUCUCUCACUCACACACUUUCUGUUCCGGAAGUUGCUUUGGCAUCUGUAUAUACUGACAUUACAGACAAACAUUCUCUCCUCUCUGACAGUUCAUUCACUGGUGUAUUUACAUAAUCGUUCUGAUAGCAAUAACACAGCGCCACUCAGCGGGCGGCGUCCCUAACAAACCCACGUGACGUCACGACAUUCAUUUACUUCUGUCAGGUCUGCUGGCCACCAUUUGCUGGUCCUUCCGUUUCCGGUCUUUAUUUUCAUCUGAUGGUUUCUGUACAUUGAUGGUGCAACAAAUGUUUGUUUAUGAAACUCAUUCAUUAGGUGUUUACAAUAUGUCUGAAAGAUUUUCAAGCUGAUUUUAACGCUUUGUUCUCAACAUUGUCUUUUUAAAUAAUUCAACGGAAAAAGUCCAUGUCUAAUUAUUCCAAGGUUUUCCCCAAUCCAUAAUAUCUCGCACACAGAAAGACUUGACAACCUUGCACACCCAGUGCUGCCACCAUUGGUGAUGUUUGUCUGUCAGUCCACAAGUCUCACUGAGACUACAGACAGGUUACAGGCCAGACCCUCCUACACAAGGCCAGACCGUCCCACACAGGUGUUGAAGGUGUACUUCUCGGUGCAGCUGCACCACACAACCCAAACAUCAUCUGUGCAUCCUUCGCAUCCACAAACAGAUUUUUAUUUCACACAGAAGACCUCUGUAUGGAAAAAAUGUCAGCGUUUGACGUUUGACCUGCUAACCUCUGAACUAUAACCUGCUCACCAUUCAACUGGAUUCAACCUCUGGUUUGAUGCUUUCCCAACAAGUAGCACACCUGAUGGGAGGCAAGAACAUUGUUGUUGCUGUUCACAGGUCACUAGUACACACAGGAUGUUGUUGCUGUACACAGCCAUUAGUGUACACAUGUACAUCAGCCAUCGUCUGGGCAGACAGUCGGGACAAAGGAUGACCGAGUCCCGCAGUUUGCUGACCCCCUGACAAUUAAAGUGACAGGAAGCUGAGCGGAGUUUGAGUCUUUUCUUUGAACAUGAAUUUGAGAUAAAUGACAAGGGUUUGUGUCCUGCAUCACUCUCUAUCUCCCUUUUUUUCUCUUUCUUACACUCCCCUUCUCUUUCUCUCUUAGUGUAUCUAACGAGCGAUCGCACUCACAUACACAUGGAGAUAAUUAAGAUCUGCAUAUAUCCAUGCUUAAAUAUUGUGGAUAUCUUUUGAAAACAGUUUAAACCCUUUAUAGAAAAUGUAACCUCUCAAAAACCUGCUUGUUGUGCAAAUCAUGAAUUAAAUGAAGAUUCCACACAAUAAAAGUGAGGUGGACAAUAAGGACACGUAUACUCUUUCGUUUUGUUGCACAUGCUGGAGUGUGUUUGCCACCUUGUCCUUUCAACUGGUGAAGUGAAGACAGGACUGGACGUGGACAGGAUGGCCGUCACUCGCCCUCGUCAGCACCGCAAACCUCGCGGCCUCGUGACAGCGUGCAGGAUGGUACAGACCUUUGUGUGUCAUGUACAGUAUACUGCACACAUAACAUAAACUAACAUAUAGUGUUGUACUAAUGUUCUGUGCUGUGAUGGUGCACCAAGUGUCUCAGACCGGUUGACCAGGCGCCUGCGCUGCUGUAAGCCGCUUGUGACGUCACCAAAGCCACUCGAGCACUAAGCGCACCUCUGAGCCACGAGAGCGGACUUGAGGGGGAGACUGACUCCAAGACAAGCUGACUUCAGCCUGAGACAGGACUGUGAAGGGGGUGGGUGUGCUGGGGUGGAGGUAGGACUCAGUGCCAAGCCACUGGCUUCACAAAGAAUCGAAGCUGCCGUUGUUUGUACAAAGACCACAGAGCUUCAUGACAACAGCUGUCGCCUCCUGUGUCUUGUACAGUCAUCUGCAUCCUUAUCCUGUCUUGUACACAGUCGCCAUCAUCACUUAUCCUGUCUUGUACACAGUCACCUGCAUCACUGAUCCUGUCUUGUACACAGUCUCCAUCAUCACUGAUCCUGUCUUGUACACAGUUGCCAUGAUCAGUUUGGAUGUUGUGAGUGAAUUGGUUCUUCAUCACGUGAGUCAAGUGACCGGCAUCUGCUCCUCACUCAUUCACUAACCUGUGUCAACUAGUGUGACCCUCAUUAUUUCUAACAUGACCUGAACUAAAGAUGAAGGAAUGUCAGACUCACAGCUCACACCGAUCAUACGUGCAAACAAUCCCACACCCACACUCAAAAAGCACAAGAACCAAGUUUAGUCAAAGAUAUUUUUGCAAUACAUCACGAUAUGAACAGUAGGUCGUGUCAAGAGUUCCGGACAGGACCAUUUCCUAGAAGCUGAGCAAAUGACAGUAAACAGAACAAAGCAGUCAUACAUAAUAAUGUCCAGUGAAUUUGUUUUAGCAAGAAGUCUUUCAACGGACUUGUCUUUAAUGCCAACAGUUGGCGAGGUUCUUACAAAGGUCAUGACCCCAUCAGUUCCUGCAGCAGCUCGGGGGCAAGUGUUCAGAAGGUGUAGGGCAACAGAAAAUCUUUAUUAUUUUCUUCAUAAAUAUAAGUAUAUAAACAGAAAUAAAAAUAAUGGAAAGGUCAUACACCAGCAAGGA